CACAAAUCUGUCCCCGACUCCAAAACGAAAGCCCAUCAUCACCACCGACCAGGUUGUCCUAGGCGGCUGGCUGACUCUGGACUGGCUGACUACGUGCUGGUCUGACUGGUCGUUGUUGGGUUGGUUGGCGUUGGAAGCUGAAGUUCAGUCUGGCUCCAGACAUCGCCGCGGAUGGUGGACCUUUUCACUUCGGUCUCGUGGUUUCGGUCGUUGGUUGGUUCGUGUCGCGCUCCUUUGAGGGAAAGGAUUUUCCCCCAGCUGUGCUGCAUCUGUGGAUUGGAUAAAGACUAAAGAGGACUCCGACUUUAAGACAUUGUGCGCCCGCCAGGAGUUGGCAAAAGCACGUUGUAAACAACAACCGGACGAAAGCGCGGAAAACCAUUAUCUGAGCCUCGUGCUCUCGGGUUGAAAUAACCGGAUUCAGCGCGUUCGGUGGGGGAUAGACGGCCUGGGUCGAAGCCUGCCGGGGGGGUUGGCGGCAGUUGGGAAGUGAGCUUUAUUUUCCCAUGGAAUGCCGCUUCGGCAGGGCAGAGCGAAUAAUAAUUCACUUUGUAUUGUUAUCGUUUGGAUGAGGCUGGAGAGUGUAUGAAGUGGGGGAUGUUGUGUAGUGUGUAGUUGCACUUGGAGUUUACGGGCGGGUCUGAAGGAUAGUGUGGUGCGAUGUGCCGCGAAUAGUAGUAGCGCCUGGAGAAAGGGGGCGAAAGUUCGCCGUGAAGUGGAUUUGUCUCUCGACGUUCAUCGUGUGUCGGCUUGGUGGAGAACAGUUGUGGUGAGGUUCAAGUGUCACACGGUUAUCUGAAUGUGAGUUUAUACCAGGUGUACCCAUCCAGUCAGUGACAGAAGAUAAGAGUGGUGCCGGCAGAGUGGCACGUGGAAGAAAAUUGUGAUCAUAAUCGAGAAACGAGUGAUUCCCGUGUGUAGAUGUGUGUAUUGUAUGACCCGCACACAAGGGCAUUAGCAUACCGAGGAAAAAGUGCGCCAAAAUGACCGACAUCAACCGCAACGGUCCGAGUUUUCUAAAGCACAACGGAAAAAUCGAACCGUCGGGUGGUCCUAGUGCUUCCAGUACGCUCAAGCGUAACAAUAGCUAUCAUCAACGGUUGAAAAAAUCCUACAGCGAAUGUGAGUAUGCUGCUGCCGCCACCGGACCGGCAAACAACAAUGGACAGCAAUCAACGGUCAGUCGAAGUGGGACCACCGGCGGAUCUGGCAAGUGGCGAUCCCAGCAGCCAACGGCAGCGCAGGUCACCACCGCUGCCAAACUGGACACCAAUGCCACCACCACCAUGGUCACCGCCAACACUUCGGCUGAUGAGUUUAAACGCUUUCACACGCUUCGUAACAGCUACGGGGGGAAAUCCAAUUUAAAUGUAAAUAGCACCAACGAGUCCUCAAUAAAAACGCAAGUUCUGCUCCAUCAGCAGAAGCUGAAAGAGUACAGCAAAUACGCUUCGGUUGCAGUAGCUUCGGCGGCGGCGACGACGGCCGCUGCGGAUCUGAACAACGAUAGCUACUCGACCUGUUCCUCGUCACAAUCGGACUAUCAACAUCCGCAGCAUCAUUCGCACAAACAUCAUCAUCGAUACCAUCACCACCACCAGCAUCAUCAGCACCUUCCUUCGUCGACUCAGCAUCAGUCGCAGCAGCAGCACCAACAGUAUCCGGUGUCAACGACGGUGGCAGCCAAUGCCACUCUAACGCGACCCGGCACCGGCCUCAACGCUAGUUCUUCCAUCUUGAAAAACAACAAGGACUCUUCGUCGGGGGCUGCUACUGCGGGAGGUGGCAGUGCCAAGAACUCACUCAGGCGUGGUACCGGCGGAUUAAGCACUUUGUCACUGUGCAGCUGCGAUGCCGAGACGGAGAUAAUACCGAAUCCAUUAAGGCCUCUCUACCAGUACAGCCUGGACCGGAAGAACACACGGCAGCACACGUACACGUGCGAACAGAACGCCCAGAUCUUGCUCCGGCUGGAGAAGGACCGUGCAAGAAAGUACGGCUCGUCUGGAAAAUUGAACUUUACCGCCUCCACUAGCGACCUCACGACACUGCCAUCGAGCUUCGGCAUUGGAACUGGGCUGCAAAAAUCGGCCACCACAGCGACCAUCAACCCAACAACGGCUUCAACAACGACGGUAACACCGGUCACUGCACCGACACCGUUGUCGACAGCGAUGCCGACGACGAUGCCAACGACGACGACGGCGACGGAACUCAGAACCGGAAGCUGCAAUAACGAGACUGCUGCUAUGGGGACAUUCGGUUACCGCCGUAGUAGCGUCGUCUAUCCGGAAAACAGCUACAUCGAGGAUGAGCCAUUCGUGGAGGACAUGAUUCCGCCGCCGCCGCCUCCCCUGAACCGGCGACCCUCCUACGGCUACAGCUGCAUCACGCAACCGCUGGCUAACGAGUCCGGUGGACUUGGUCAACAACAACAGCCGCCGGGCGGUCUCGCUAAUGAUCUGACCUCGACGGUCAAUGGCAACAAUGGCGUCAUUAAUAAUUAUCCCUCAAAUCAGCCGGACUUGUUCAAUUUUGCAUCGUCGACGACAACGUCGGCCGGAAACGGUCCCGGGUCACAGCUACUGCAGUCAAGCGGUCCUAACUCAACGCUCAAAUCGACGUUGAAAAAUAAAUCAAGCGCCAGAACGGGGACCAACGCUGACACAGCGUCCAUCACCGGCGUCGACGUCCACAAAGCCAAACUAAAGAACAGCGGAUCGAACUUUGACAUAAUGAAUAAUGGCACAUUCAUCGACACUGGUGGCGAUGGCGGCGAGGACGGAACAAUCCCCGUCAAACAGUUUCCGCCCUACUACUUCGACGAUAACUAUCUCAAUCACAGCUUACACCAACAUUUCUACUAUCAGAACCCGGACGGGAGCUUUCCUGUCACCGGGAUAAAGAAUGACACCGAGGGCCAGCUGUACCUGUACCAUCACGAACCAGCGUCCUACAUUCCGAACUACGAUACGCUCAAUAUGCCCUCGAAGUACAACACCAUCGGCCCGGGUGGAAGUGUCCUUGGGGGCGGCGGAAACGUAACCGGAGCAGGCCACAUGGACUAUGUCGGGAACACCAAAUAUCAUCACGCCAGUUCAUGCAACCUUAAUCAGUUUAGUUCAUCGGCCAAGAGUAAUCUUAUUAGCAGCCAUCAGCACCACUUUUCCAACUCGAUCAGUAAUUUCAAUUUUAAUCCAUCGCAAUAUUUCGGCACCGGACUGGAACCACCGGGGGCGACGAUCAUCGGCGGUCCGGGCGGUCUGGGGGUGAUGGGUGGCGAUGUGUUCACGUCCAGCAUCAGCCUCAACGGUGGGACGCCAAACAAGCACCAGCAGCACCCGUGGAAACACCGGCAGUGCCCGAGUCGGGGCUCCAGCAGCACCGGUUCGGGUUCGUCAAAAUGGGACCUACCCUCGCGCCAGUGGCUAGCGGUGACGUCGAUCCUGCUGAUAGCGGGUGCCGCCGGGGUGGCCGUCCCGUUUGCCUUGAAGGUUUCAGCCGGGGCCCCGCUCGAGGAACGCAUCCAGGCCGCAACCCAGCUGCUCGAUACAGUGCCUUUAAUCGACGGACACAACGAUCUGCCGUGGAACAUUAGGAAAUUUUUACAUAAUCAACUCAACGAGUUCCGGUUCGAAGACGAUUUGAAGCAGAUAUCACCAUGGUCUAAAAGUGCUUGGAGUCAUACCGAUUUGCAGAGACUGAAACGAGGUCGAUUAGCUGCUCAGUUUUGGGCCGCGUACGUGCCCUGUGAGGCGCAGCACAAGGACGCCGUGCAGAUCACGCUGGAGCAAAUUGAUGUAAUUAAAAGACUGACGGAACGCUACUCACCACAUCUAACGGCAUGUGCAUCAGUUUACGAUAUCGUUCAAGCGCACAAAAACCAUCAAAUGUGUUCACUAAUUGGAGUCGAGGGAGGGCACUCGCUCGGCGGUUCGCUGGGUGUCCUGCGGAUUUACUAUGCGCUCGGCGUUCGCUACAUGACCCUGACGUCCACCUGUCACACACCGUGGGCGGACUCGAGUAACGCCGAUGGUCCCAAGUACGACAUCAAGCACGGUGGCCUCACGGCAUACGGCAAGACAAUCGUCCGGGAGAUGAACCGCCUCGGCAUGAUAGUGGACCUAUCGAAGUCCUCCGUGGCAACCAUGAAGGAUGUGCUGGCGACCUCGCAAGCACCGGUCAUAUUUUCCCACUCGUCGGCCUACGCUCUGUGCAACUCCAGCCGGAACGUGCAGGACGAGGUGCUGCAGCUGGUGACGAAGAACCGUGGCCUGGUGAUGGUCAACUUUUACAAUAAAUUUCUCAGCUGUACCGAAAACGCCACCGUCGAGGACGCUGUCGCGCACAUAAAUCAUAUUAGACAGAUUGCCGGAAUCGAUCACGUGGGACUCGGUGCCGGAUACGAUGGCAUUAAUUUCACACCACGCGGUCUCGAAGACGUGAGCACUUACCCGCGGUUGUUCGCCGAGCUACUGGGUUUGGGGUGGACAGCCGAAGAACUGGAAAAGCUAGCCGGCCGGAACCUACUGCGAGUGCUGGAAGAGGUGGAAAAAGUUCGCGAAAAUCAACGACUGUCCGGCGUUCGCCCGUACGAAGACAUCCCGGUGGCACUGCGAGCCGAGGAGCACUUCAACUGCACGACCAACAGUUAAUGAACUGUACGCUAAACCGUAAGCUCAUCUUCAUCUAGAUUAACGAACGAGGGCCAGUGCUAGCAACAGCGCUCCAACUAUGCACAAAACACUUCUGCGACUGAUUAAUGGGCGAGCAACCAAUUUUCCGCUACGAGGCAACUUCCUCCGAGGAAGAACUGGGUUGGUAGAAUAAUUACUCUUACUUCAAAUACCUAUAACUAGGUGGUAACUAGGUACAUUUGAGAUUUUUAGGAAAAGUAUAUAUAUUUUUCGAAGAAAGCCAAUAUCUCUAUGAGAAAUGCCUUUUAACGAUUGGACAAAAAAUCACACACAGACAUAUUUAAAUGAAGGUAGGUAAAUCGUUGAGUUCGUACUUCUAGGUUUAAAAUCAUCUCUCUUCGUAAUAGAGAGAACAAAAAAAAUAAUCUGUAAUAAUGGAGGAGAAAGUGGGCAGUAGAGUUGAGUAGCGAACAUAGCAAAAAAAAGUGUCUAGCAUUAAGUAUAAUCUGGGAAAAUGAAAAAUGCUGACCAGAAGUGAAGCUCGGUGGACGAGGCAACUGAACAGUGAACAACAACACCAUGAGCCAUAUUCGAGCACAGGCAGACAGUGAUCACUUUUUUUUCCUUCCGAUGGUUGUCUGUUGUUUCGCAUUACAAGCAGCCUUCAGCGCAGAACAGAGAUCCUACCUCCCAAACAGUGGGGAACAUCACGGGAAAAGCAGGAAAUGAAGGAGCACAAAAAAUAAUUAAAAUACACUCAUUGCACAAUUAUGGGUCACACACAAUUAUUAGUCACUUUCCACUUUAAUAGAUAAAUACUAAUUAAUUGCAAGCUUUUGUUAGCUAUUAUUAUUUUUCGCACAUAAGUUGAUUUGUUUUGUGUCACUAUACGUAUCGCACACGGGCUUAUACAUCAAAAAAUACAUAUUUUCAAUAUUUUUUUGUUCGGCGCAAAAUUAGCUGUCAAAGUAACGCUUCGAUUGUGAAUAUCGGACAGUGCGUGCGCUGCUUUCGUAAGCUCUGUAAAAGCGAGCUUCAGUGAUUUUCAUGUGCGAAAUGGUAUCGUCACCAGAACAAAGGUAUAAUUAACGUUCUAAAUGUAGAAAUUCAUGUGACUGCAGCCAAUUAAAGCUUAUUUCUGGCAAAAUUUAAGUGACUCAUUAUUGUGCCAAGGAACACCGAAAAUCACACAAUUAUGGGUCAUUUUUUGUGCAGCAUAAUAUUGACAGUUCUGCGUACACGGGCAUUGCAUACUUUUAGGCGUUUAUCGGUGGUUGUGUUGGAGAUUUUGACCCAAUUUUGAAAAAUUGAUUCCAAAUCGUGAAAACACGCUUCGUUAAGAGGUUUGAGACCAGUUUUAGAUUCUACUAUAGUUGAUCUAUCGAGAAUAAGUGAUCAUUCAUUGAAAAAAUAGACAAAACAUUAUUUUUGAGCCGAUUUUUCUUAAGUGACCCAUAAUAGGCAACAAAUUGACCCAUAAUUGUUACACAGCCAAUUUUGACCCAUUAUUGUGGUUUUCAUUAUUCACCAACAUUUUAGUAAUUUUCACCGCCUAAAGUGAAUGUUACAUGCCGAUUUUUAUAUAAAACAAUAAAAAGGAGUUUCAAUGAAGAGAAUAUAAAAGAAAAAUAAUGAAAGUGUUAUUUUUGUAUGAAAAACGAUUCAUAUUAUGAAAUGGUUGUUCCUUGAGUGACCCA